UUUUUCUUCAAUAAUUAUCCGUCGGCUACUUUUUUCUUCUAUCUCAAUACAUUGAUAGUGUUGCCGCAGAAGUCGGAACACAUUUAGAUAUUAACGCAAUUGAUUGACUGAUUUUCAGUGAAAACAGUGAUCUCCUAUUUCAAUAUACUCGUACGGUCUUUUGUGUUGUCCAUGUAUUGCAAUCUUCUGACGUUGCGUUUACGUCUACCUAUCUUCUGACUUUUUUCCUUAAAAAAAAACCAAUUGUAUAUAGCGAGUGUAAAUAGUGUGAUAGGUGUGAGGUAGUAGGUGAGUGGGUUUUUAGUUGGCAAUGAGUUCGGGCAACAAAUCGUCGGUGUCCUCCGGCGGGAGAGGCACCAGUAAGAAUAAGACUUCACAACACGGAAAAUCAGAUCAUCAAUUUAAGUCGUCAGAUUCAACCAAGCAAGACAAAAUCCAACAAAAAUCAGACCAGACACGACAUGCACAAAUCAUUGACACUCGUAUGGGAGGUGGUGAAGAUCCCACUUUUAAGGAAAGGGUGAAGCAAGUAAUGGAAGUGACGCGUCGUACUGAGGACGAAGUUAUCAUGGCUUUACAUGAUAGUGACGGUGAUUUCAAUCGAGCUGUAAACGAUCUUUUGGAAGGAGUGAGUCCUGAAUGGGAAGUUAAAAAAAAGAAGGCUCGUCAGCCAAGUAGUUCAAAGCAGAACAUUGAACAACUUGGCGUUCAGGACGAAGGAGGCGAAUGGGAGUCGGAAAGAAGGGUUCAACGUGGUGGUGGACCACCUCGCAUGAGAGGACGUGCUAAUCAUGACAACCGUGGGUGGCGUGGACGUGAAAAUAAAGAAAACGAAAGGAACAUGGAAGAGAGUGGACGAGACAGUGGCUUCCAAGGUGGAAACAGAAGAGGAAGAGGAGGUCCCGGAAGAUCAGGACGCGGGGGUCGUGGCGGGGGCAGAGGUUUAGGUCCUCGAACUUUUGCUAAUCGUGGUGAUCCAUCAAGUUCCUCUCAUAGUUUCAAUCGACCUAUUGAAACUUGGACUGGCAGUGAAGAGCAGCAACAGUCUAUUCAAGAACCUAAAAUGGAUGCCUGGAAUAAUUUGGAGCCUUCUGAGGAUUGGGACAACGAGGAAUAUCAAGGAUCUCUUGCAGACACUAAAGUUUUUACACCAAGCACGUCUUUGACAGAUGAACAAAAACUUCAAGAUUUGCAGUCGCAAACAAUUCAAACUGUUACACUGACGCCUUUGCAGCAAGAGGAUCUUCCGAAAUUGUCUGAUAUGCCUGUGAUGCAGCAAUCUUUAGGUCCUCAGCAAUCACAAACAGCCCAGCAUCCUGUGUUGAGUAUGCCAACAAUGCAACUCAAUCAGCAGACAAAUGCCGUUAGUAGUGGAGCUCUGACGGCUGCUCAAACUCAGUAUUUCACACAACUGACGCAGCAAAGUAACGAGACUCUCAAGACUGCCGGACAAGCCUCUUACUCGUCUACGAUCUCAAGCCAGCCACAAAGGCAAACGAAGCAACGACCUAGAAUUCCACCGCCAUCGAAGAUCCCCUCGAGUGCAGUUGAAAUGCCAGGCGAUGCUGUGAACAGCAGUAUAGGCAUCUUAGACGUACAAUUCGGUGCAAUGGACUUUGGUGCUGAUACUAGUUCUUUAGAUGGAUCAUUGAGCGAUAAAUACACAGCCAGUACAACAAUUUCAAUCGAUAUGAAUUCCAACAGCAACACUUCCAAUACUGCCAGUAGUACCACGAAUUCACUUGACAUGGAGUCCAUGCAAUCUACAACCUACAACACCAGUGGUCAAAUGCUUGCCAACGAUAGUUUGUCAUCGAGCGAUCAUUCACUUAAUUCCCAAAGUUUUACAAAUCGAGGAAGUGCCACGACUCAGUCAUUAGACAUUUCUAAACAAGACUUCACCUCGCAGGUGUCUCCUAAUGCUACCAAUUAUGGCUCGACUGCAACUUAUCCUUCACAGAAAACAUCCUUCCAAGCACAAAAUACAACUUCGAAUAGCUACAACGUUUAUUCGACAAGUACGCAAUCGGCCCAAUCGUUUCCAUCCGUCACAGUAGGAAAUUCAAAUAGCUAUUCCGCAACAGUCUCCGUUUCGCAAGCUAGCUACAAUACUUCGGCGUCAUAUCCCCAAUCUAGUUCAGCUUCCUUUAGUCAAGUGUCACCUUCAGUUUCCGUGUCUGCUGCCGCUGUAUAUAAUCAGCCUGCAACUACCAACCAGACUUAUCAGUCGACAAGUGCAUAUGCUCCAACAACAACAACAUCUUCUCAAUACCAAGGACAGUCAAUAGCUACAAAUACAGUUAAUAGCAAUAGCAACAAUAGCAACAACUCGGCCUACCAGACGACGGGUUAUCAGGGAUCGUCCUCAUUUCAGUCAGCACCCCAAUCUUAUCAAUCAUCUAGUGCUAGUUUUUCAUCGCCAAUUACUCAAGGAUCUGGUGUUUAUCAAAACGCAUCUGUAUACGCAUACAGUACUUACGGAAGCCAAUCGCAGACAGCUUCACAUAAUCAUAAAUUGAACAGCACGGGAAAUAAAGAUUCGCAAUAUGAAACAAGCACAACUACAUCUAAUAGUUCCCUUGCGACAACGACAACAACUCAAAAUCUUGGUCUUUCAUCUUCUUCGGCGAAUAGCUCUCAAACCAAAGUCACCAAUUCUAAUGCUGCACCGAAAAGUACUUCGAGUGGUAUAGUAACUGGUACUGGAAACACUGGAAACAUGACAGUCGCUGGGGCAACUAACAACAUGACACCAGCAAUUCUUGGUCACCAAUAUAUCAUGGGACAGAGUGUUCCUGGUGUUUUCCCUACUUAUCAACAAAUGUACAGUUAUGAAGAAUUGCAGAUGAUGCGCCAAAUGCAACCACACAUGCCAACUACUGGUUACUAUGACGCGGCAUUGGGCUAUCAGACUACAGGCCCUGCUACCAGUCUUGGCGCCAAUCGAGGGGACGCGCUCUCAGGUGUUCAAGGGGUCCAAGGAGUUCAAGGCGCAUACACCAGUAUUAGCGAUGCCAGGUUUGCCAGGAAUGAUAGUAACGCCUCGCCAGUUCCUUCUACAAUGUCUCAACAAACGGCUACCCAGCAUCAGCAACCAAUGAUGAAUGCAAUUCCACCGCCAGGAUACUACUUCACUUAUGGCAUGCCAGGAGGUUUUCAAUAUGGAACUCCUCUUUACCCUCAGAUAGCGACUGCCGGAAAUGCAGGCACAAGCAGCGGUGCUUACAGUGCUAAACCUGGAAGUUACGGUUCAAGUUAUGGUGGCGGCACUAGUUAUGAUUCUCUGGCUAGCACUGGACCAGCGGCUGAAUAUAAAGGUGCUGGUAGUGGAUACACUGGUUCGCAAACUGGAAAAUCUGGAACCUCAACAGGAAACACGAAUUCCAGUGGUUCAACUGCCGCUGACAUUAGCGCUGGAAUGUACGCCACUAAAAGUCACGUUGCGCUCAGUAAAGUUAAUUCUUACGAUAAGCAAACUUUCCAUUCUGCAACACCACCACCUUUUGGUUUAACUGGCAGUCAGAACGCAGGUCUUCCUGGAAGCUAUGGGACUCCUCAUUUAUUUAUUCCAGCAAUGCAUCAACCGCAUCAGUUGCAUCAACCUUUACAUCAAGACGGAGGCAAUAGCACAGGUCAAAGGACAAAUCCAAGCUCUCAAAAUAAAGCUCAGACAAAACCGGGUUAUAGUCCAAGUUAUUGGACCGGUGGUAAUUAAAUAUUUUUUUUAAGUCAAGCAAAAGAAAACAAGAAACAUAAAAGAAAUCGAAAAUACAUUGCUCUUGACCAAUCGAAAAUGAUCGUCUCUAAGAAAAGAAUUUUUCAAAUUCAUUUGAAAAAAGAGACAGAAAAUGUUUAAACAAUUUUUCACGGAACUAUAUAAUUUUUUAAGUCACGCGAUUUGUGCCAGAACUUUUAUGGUGUAAAUGAAUUGGGAGUUAUCAAGUAUGGAAGAACUAGACCAUUUUAAUCACUUUGAUAUUCAAAAUAUAAUAAAAGUUCAGAAAAAUAACAUUGACGAAACCCCUUUAUGGGUUCAAUAAUUUGAGUACUAUACAUUUUAUUUAACGCAAAUAAUAAUAAUUAUAAUAUAUCUUUUAUUUUCUAUGGGAACUUUCACAAAUUACGUAAUUUGAGGGGUAGAGUGGUUAUGAAAUUUAAGUUACUUUGCUUAAUGGGGAGGGGAAAUAAAAAAAAGUGCUUCAAAUUGUAUUUGUGAAUAAUUGCUAUUUUGUAAUGAAUUAAGCUGUAUUUGAUUUAGCUGGCUAAAUUCCGAUUACUUAAGACUUUUUAUAAUACUAUUCAAAUAAACUUUAAAACCUUCUUCGCGAUUAUCAAACGAUGCUUUUAUGCUGAACUUUAAACAAUUAUUUACUUUUUUCAUAUAUGCACAAUUAGAAAUGUAUAUUUAAUGUAUGGACAAUUGACAAAAAAAAAUUGUUUAGUACUUCCACAUUUCCUACGAGAGAAAAUUUCAGUUUUCAUGAGUUGUAUAACAACGCUUCACUUAAAAAUGAAAAAAAAAGAAGUAAAUAGAUAGAUUCUCCUCUUCCCUUUUUUUGCUCUUUAUCUCAAUGUAUAAUUAGUGCAAUUAACAGUACAUUGCGUUAAUUCUGAGAAAUAAAAAAAACAAAAAAUGCAUAGUUUUAUAUGUGAUGCACUCGAUUUUGGAAUUUAAAAAAAUCCUCGAAAAAAAUGCGACCAUAACUGAUCGAUAUUGUAUAGAAGUGAUAUAUAGGAGUAAAAUUAUUACACUAAAAGAGUCGCAAAUGUGUGUAUUUCGUGAAACAUUUUAUGUGGAAUGUGUGAAUAUUAAAAUUUUUACAACCUACGCAAGAUAUAAAUCUUUAAUUUGUUUGUAACUAUUGCAUAAUUACACUGCGAAAGAAAAUUAGUUUGCAAAAGAGAAUUAAAAAUUGCCACUUGCUUAGAUUUUCGUACUUUGAAUAUAUAUAAACAUUUGCAACUAAUUAAAAGCGUUUUAUUAAUAAAUGUGAAGAACGUUCUUCGUCAAAUCUUCUCUUUUGUACAAAUUAUAUAAAGUUUAAACGUAAAUAAGAUUUGUAACUGGACGAUUUUUAAUUUUUAUGCACCUGUGAUGUUUCAAUUUGGUUCUCGACGGUCAUUUUUCAAUUUUUUUUUCUUUUUUUUGAGAGAAUACAAAGUCAGAUCAAUGAGCCGAGUGAUUCAUCAUGAUUUUUCACAUUAAAUCUCUCCUGAUACAUUUCAGAACUUUCGUGCCAAGUACUUAUAAUUGCACUCAUUCUUCUACAUUUUAUAUUCAUGAGAAAUCUUUUGACUAUUGAUCAUUUGAUAAAAUAUUUUAUGAAAUUCUAUCUUUUGCUUUAUUAUUGUUUUUUCAACCUCUUUAAAGGCUCUUAAAUUGCGUGGCAAAUGAAUGUUUAUUUUUCUUAUUAUUGUUGUGAUUACGGAAUUCGAAGACCGACAUUUUUGAAAAAUUUCAUAGUUUUUUACGCAGCACAAAAGUAAAUAAUGUGUAAUAAUAAUAAUAAUAAUAAUAAUAAUAUUAAUAAUAAUUAUUAUAAUAAUAAAAAUAAUAAUAAUAUGACCAGAGAAAACCUGUGGGGAGCGUAGGCCCACUGAAUUUAAGUAAGGGAAAAAAUGUAUUUGUUUCUUAAAGGGAUUUUUUAUGUGUGUAAAAACGUAUGUAAAAUUAUUGAUAAACAAAUAAAAAUAUAGGUGCGUAAAAAAAGUGGUUGACAUAAAAUGUAGGUUUAAGACCCAUUUAUAGUAAAUGUGGUUUUGAUUGCAAAAGAUUUCUUACAACCGCCACGUUCUCAAGAUUUUGAAAAAAACAUCCAAGUACAUUAAAUAUAGCUGCUCAUUUAUGUAUCAUAUAAGAUAUUCAUACACAUCAGAUUGAAACACUUUUUCGUUUGCUUUUAAAAAUAUAAUUUUAAGUUGAUAACUUUGUAUACACUUGGAUGAUACUAGAGAAACUAAGUGUAAUGUAAUGAAGAAAUAUAGAAAGUAACCGCAAGAGUAUCAUCAAUUACUCAAGAUAAGAUAUAAGAAAUGACUAUCUCGAUCUCGAGAAUGAGCGUUCUUUUUCAUAUUAAUUAUAAAUUAAUUAAUAAUUUUUGUAUUUUUGUCAAUCAGAAGUGCAAAAUGAAGUAAGCCACUAUUGCUAACUAUUACAUAAUGAUUAUUAUUAUUAUUAUGAGUAAUAAUAGCAACUACUGUGUAUAAAUAUGAAUAUCUAAAAAAUAAAUGUAUUAAAAUAA